GGUGCGGGGUGUGGAUGGCCCUGGCCGAGGCCAUGGUCCCCGUCAGGCCGGUGCGGCCCGCCCGGACGGUGCCGCUCCGGGUGAAGGAGCUGGCCGCGGCGCUGCUGUUCGUGGUGUGCUUCGCGACCUCGAAUGCCAUUGUUGCCGCGCAGGACUACGAUGUCUCGGACAUCCGGUGCACGUUCGCGACGUCGGCCGGGUCGCGCGACUCCAUCUCCGCCAAGCUGCGCAAGCCGGACGGCUUCAAGGGGUCGCCGCUGUUCGCCGACGACCGCGCCGUGGACCCCGUCAGCGACAAGGAGUGCCAGAUCAAGCCUGACCCCGGGGACGCCGCCAAGCUCAUGUACACCCUGCUGGUGACGGACUUCUCGCGGUGCGGCGUCCUCAAGAGGAACGGCUUCGUGCACGUACGCGUGUGGUUCCCCCAGUUCCCCGGCGUGGUCAUGAUGUCCGACCAGGAGCUCAUCAUCAUGUGCAAGCCGCCGGAGCCCACCAUCAUCGAGAACAAGGCGGCGGGGUUCGCGGGUAGCUUCCCGCACGGCGCGCGCGUGUCCGGCGUGGUGGAGGAGACGCCGGGCCGCCUGGAGUACGAGGUGGCGCUGUACAAGGAGGCCCCCACCAGGGUUGGCGCGCAGGGGCAGCUGGCUCUGCCCGGCGAGCUGCCGGUGGACCAGGCCGUGCCCAUCGGCACCAAGCUGCAGCUCCGCGCGCGCAUCAACCCCGACUCGGCCUGGAAGUUCCUCAAGCUCAUGGAGGUGACGGUGUCCCCCGACCCGGACGACGCGCACAUGCUGGGCAGCGUGGCCCUGGUCACGGACGGGUGCCGCAACCGGGACUUCGCGUCCAUCAUUCCCCACCAGCCGGCGCGGUACCGCGACCGGCACAACGAGGUCUUCCUGGACUUCGAGGCCUUCCUCCUGAGCACCAUGCGGGAGCGCAGCACGCUGUGGAUCCACUCGCAGAUCAAGGCGUGCAUGGACGCGGCCGACUGCCAACCGGACUACUGCCUGGACCUGUUCGAGCCGGCGGGACACGGGCGGCGGCGGCGGCAGGUGGACGACGUGGGCUUCAACGCGCUCAACGGCUCCACCGUGAUGCUGGGCCACCGCGGCGGCCGCCUCGGACCCCCGUCAGCCGCAGCCCCUCCGGGCACGUACCGGCAAGCGCGGGGGCGGGGCGUGGGGGUGGCCGCCGACAUGACCGCCACGCCCCCGCCGCCCCAGGCGCAGCCCCUCACGCAGCGGUUCCACCACAACGGCACCGGGCCCAACAGUGUGCUGCAGCAGUUCGCCAAGUUCGACGAGAACAUCGAGUACAGUGUGCUGAUGCCCGGAGAGAUGUACGGGCGCGGUGCCAGCGCGGUGCUGGAGUCCUCGUGCGGCACGUUCCUCCUGGUGGCGGCCGUGCUGGGCUGUCUGCUGCUGUGCGCCGCCUGCCUCAUGUGCUACCUGGCCGCCCGCCUGCACGCCGCGCUCGGCACCCAGCUGCACGCCAAGUCCCUCGACGUCCUGGUCCGGGAGCACAGCCGGCGCUUCCACCACCACCACCACAGCUCGGCGUCGACCUCCGGCUCCGAGGCGAGCGGCUACACGGGCCGCUCCACGGUGCACUGACGUCAUCGGCUUCGACCCCCAGCGGGGCUGAUU